UUCCGAUCGGUUCGGUUCAGUUUUUCCGCGCAGUGUGAUCCGCGAAAAUAUCAAAACGCGACGGCGUCUUCUUCCGGUAAAUAUCUUGCGGUUUUAUGUGUUGUUUCCGGUGUAAUUGAAUCGUGAUUCGUCUCAAUGUAAUGAGGAAAGUGAUUUUCGGAUCGAAGAAGUGAUUGAAAGUGUGUGGGAGGAAGCAGAAAACCCCCAUCUAAGUAUGUACGUCGGUUUGCGUCGUAGUGUCGUCGAAGUCAUUGUGAGCAAACUGGCUGUGAGUGAUUGAAUGUCGUGUGCCGUGGACCGCUUUCGAAAAGCAAUAAUAUUGUUCCAAGCCAGAAGUCGACCGUAUCGGCCACCUAAACAGUAGUAGACGGGACAAGUGCUCAGUGCUUCUUUAGAAGUUCAAUCGUUAGUGCCUUUGAGAGAACAAAAAGGGGGAAGAAACAGCAGGUGAAGAUGCCCCUUGAUUGGGAUUAACGUUAACCGCAGUGAAAAUCGCUCCAAAACAAAACGUAAACAAAUGCAGAACCAAAACCAGAAGCCGGUGGCGGCGGUCGUACCGGAAAUUGCAACGGUCGCCGAAGAAAGAAACAGGACGCAGCAGGCGGUGGGCGGCGAAGACGAUACGACAACAACAACAAGUGGCGAUGCCGUUGUAUUGGUGCCGCUUCUGGAAGUAGUAACUUUGGUGGAAUCUUCUCCACCGAAUUCACCCACUUCUAAGUCCACCAUCACCAUAAAUGGACCAACUGAGGAGCUGGAACAGGAUGAAACAGGAGGCCCGCUUCCAUCGCCAGGCCUCGUUGGAUCGGCGUCGGCGACCUCCUUUGGCGACAGCAUGUCUAACCUGAGCGACAUUUCGUCGUCGAACGCGACGGCCAUCAUGAUGAGCAGCAGCGCCGGAAACAUCCACAGCAGUGCUUCCGGAAGUGGUGCCAGUGGCAUUGCGGGUCCCAGUGGAGCGGGAAAUGGUAGCGCAGCUGCCGGAUCCACCGGAUCCGGCAGGCCUCGACUGGAUAUUGCUUGCGUUAUCGAUACCCUGCAGGCCUCGGCCAAUGUGGCUUUGGAAGAAGUGAAGUUGGCUUGUACCCAGUCCGGGGCCAACCUGCAGCUGCUGGAGUUUGAGAAGUUGGACUUUGGGGAACUUAACACGGUUGACAGUUUCUAUAGUGCCGAUGUGGCCGUGGUUGAUUUGAGUGUCCAGACUCAGCGCAGUACCCUAAGCUAUCAUUUGGGAGUGAGGGAAAGUUUCGAAAUGAAGGAAAACAUUGUCAUCUACAACGAUGUAGAAAGUGAGGCUACCCUAAGGAUGAAACUUUCAUGUGGAAACUAUACGUUUGUGCCUUAUCGAGUGGGGGAUGGUGGAGGUUGUGUAGUGACGAAUCCGGCUAAGGCCGGCUUUUUGGAAGAAGUGGAAGCCAAAAUAACUUUGGUUAGUAGAUUAAGGAAAAUCAUUCAGGACGUGGAAGUUCAAUCGAAGGCCCACUUGAGGGAGAAGUUUUUGUCGGACUUGAGAAGCUUGAGGGAUCAGUACGCUGGAAACGUUGAAGAACUACAAAAGAUGUUGAGGAACAUGAGGAGGCGCCUAGAUGACCCGCACGUUCUUUCAAAGGAGGUGCUACAAACCUACAUGCUAUCUCUAAGAGAUGUCCAAGACUACGAUGCCAUGGUGCAGCUGGUAGACGAUCUUCAAACUGUCCCAAACAAACAGAGCUACAUCAGUACGGGAAACAUGAGCUAUCUCUACGCAUUUGCUCUAAACCGUCGAAAUAAGGAAGGUGAUCGCGAUCGUGCCCUCAAAUCCUGCACCAAAGCUCUGGAAAAGAAGGAAAACCAUUUCCCGGACAUGCUGUGCCUGUGUGGCCGGAUCUACAAAGACAUCUUCGUUGAAUCGAACCGCACAGACCAAGAAUCUCUCCAGAACGCCAUUACAUGGUAUCGAAAGAGUUUCGAGAUUCAACCGAACGAGUUCGCCGGAAUCAAUCUGGCAACGCUGCUCGUCAUCGAGGGUAAAGAUUUCUCCGACUCGGAACUCCAACACGUCGGCAUGGUCCUCAACAACCUGAUCGGCAAGAAGGGCUCUCUAACCUCGAUCAAAGACUACUGGAACGUGGCAACGUUCUUCGAGAUCUCCGUCCUGGCUGAAAACUACGCCAAAGCUAUCCAGGCAGCUGAGUGUAUGUUCAGACUCAAACCUCCCAAAUGGUAUCUCAAGUCCACCAUCGGAAACAUCUCUCUGAUAGACUUUUGUCGCAAAAAAUCCGAUGAAUCUGCGGCCUCAAUCGAGCAGCAGCUGUUCCAAUUCUGGAUGGAGUUCUUCAUGGAGGCAACCAGCCCAGAACCAACUUCCCCGGUUCGCUUCCCAAUCCUAAUCCAAGAAACGCACAAAAUCCUAAUGGCCUCGUACGUCUCCAUCCACAUGGACGCCGAGCAAAAAUCCAUAGACAUCGUCAACAUCUGUCAUCAGCACGAGAAAGACAAAUGCCUCAAGGUACACAACUUCAACUUCCCAGCAAGUCAGAUCAAAUCGGUCAGCCUCUACAAGCGGGACGAUCGCUGCGCCUACCUAUACGUACACCAAAACUCUGAUGACUUCCAGAUGUACUUCCCCUCGGUACAGUGUCGGCAGCAGUUCUACGACCUCAUUCUGCAAAUGACCGCCGAUCAAGGUUCCGGCUUCAUCGAUCUCUCAACCGACACCCCCGAUGACGAAAUCAAGUACGAAUACGAACUCGACGACCAGAACAAACGGAUCGUCCUCGGACGGGGAACCUACGGUACCGUCUACGCUGCCCGGGACCUAAAUACCCAGGUCAAAAUCGCCGUCAAAGAAGUCCCGGAAAAAUUUAGUCACGAAGUGCAACCACUCCACGAAGAAAUCAAACUCCACUCACAACUCCGCCAUCGAAACAUCGUCCAAUACUGGGGCUCCAAGUCGGAAGACAAUUUCUUCAAAAUCUUCAUGGAACAAGUCCCCGGAGGAUCGCUCUCGGCCCUGCUCCGUUCCAAGUGGGGACCCCUCAAGGACAAUGAAGCCACGAUCGCCUUCUACUCGAAACAAAUUCUCGAAGGCCUCAAAUACCUCCACGAUCAGAAGAUCGUCCACCGAGACAUCAAGGGAGACAACGUCCUCGUUAACACCUACAGCGGAGUCGUUAAAAUUUCCGAUUUCGGAACCUCCAAGCGCCUCGCCGGAAUCAACCCGAACACGGAAACCUUCACCGGGACGCUUCAGUACAUGGCCCCGGAAGUUAUCGAUCAGGGCGUGCGAGGCUAUGGACCACCGGCCGACAUUUGGUCCUUUGGUUGCACAAUCGUUGAAAUGGCAACCGGGAAGCCACCCUUCGUGGAGCUGGGAACUCCACAGGCUGCGAUGUUCAACGUCGGCUACUACAAAAAGCAUCCGGAGAUUCCGGCCGAACUUUCGCCGGUGGCUCGCAGUUUCAUCAAGCGCUGCUUCGAGGUGGACGUGUGCAAGCGGGCUUCCGCCGCUGAGCUGCUCGAUGAUCCCUUCCUGUCCGACAAACACAAAAAGAUGCGCGCCUCGAUCAGCAUCCCCAGCAGCAGCGGCGGAAUCGUCAGCACGGGCGAGUACAUGCGCAGCGUAAGCAUGCCAGCCGAUCGCCAUGGCCCAGCCGGAGCCGGCGGCAGCAAACAUCUCGUAUCCCAACAGAGCUCGGCCAGCUGCAAUACGCCAACCAUCGGCUCGGAGACAGAAAACAUCCCACCGACAUUCUCAUCGACCCGGUCGGCCUCCAUCCGUAGGAACAAACAUCUCGCCCAUCUGACUCCGAUUCAAAUGCCAACCCAUGUCAGUAGCAUUGGAAAUCUCGCAGAAACUCCCUCCCUGGAGAUAGAAGCCAUUGAACAUCCACCUGCCGGCUACCAACUUAAUCGAAGAAGUUCUUCGGGAGUACUCCUAUCGCCUGAGGUUGAGCUCUCAUCAAGUUCCAGCAAAUCCCCGCUCCUGAAUGGCGAAGCCAACGAAAGCGACGGAUUCUACCUGCUCAAGAAGGACUCUCAACGGCGAGCUACCCUCCACAAAGUUCUAGAACACGACGAGCGUAAAAUCUGCCAAGUUUGGAUGGAAAAGAUCCGUUCGGACCGAAAGGAAGCCGUCGUGAUCACGUCAUCCCACCUGGAGACGCUGAUCCGAGCGCUACGAACCUACAUCACCGAACAGCGCAAGGAACAGCUGGAGGCCGUGAUCAGUGGCUUGAAGAAGAACCUGGACUUCGACUCGACCGGCAUCGAUCAUCUGCACCUGGCGAUGUACACCUUCCAGGAUGCCGUCAACUCGGUACUCCGAUCCCACAACAUCAAACCGCACUGGAUGUUUGCGUUGGACAAUCUGGUCAAAAGUGCCGUCCAGGCCGGAAUCAUGAUCUUAUCUCCUGAACUUGGUAGAAAUCUGGGUCUACCGGAGCACGAGUAUGACGAGGACAACCGGGCGGCAGGCGGCGCUGGACAUGCCGCCCGAGGUCACCACCACCGGGCCCAUGAUGACGAUGACGAAGAUGACGAGGACGAUGACGGGGAGCUGUCCACAUCCGGCGUCGGAACGGUGAACUCAAUGCCGAUCGCGAAAUCGGCCCAUCACAACCGGGCCAAGCAGGUCAGUGACCAGCUGACGGCACUCCGAGCAGAGAACCUAAGACUGAUGGAAGAUCUGUACGAAUCUCACAAAACCUACAACCGGGUCUUCCGAACGGCACUGGAAGGUCAAACGUCGAAUGCGGAAAUGGUUAGGACGCUGGCCGCGCAGCUCGUCUCGGUUUCUAGCAACAGUCGCUGCGAUCGAGGAUCUCAAGGGUAUUCCAGCGAUCUGGCGGAAAGUCCUAGCGUUACGGAUGAAGUCGAUGCAUCCAAUAACAACUUCCUGCGACCCAUGGCUGCUCCACCUACACCGACUGCUAACCGGCGGAGGCCGCACCAUCCGAUGAGGAUGGUUUCAUCGAACUUCGAUGGCUCGAUGAUGCAGAUGAUGGGAGGUGGUAGCCAGGCGGAUCCACGGCUCGAAGAUUGGCUGCUGCUGCAUGGAUUCGAUGCCGUCGUUCGGAACAUCGUUCACGGGGAGGAGUUCAGCUUCGAGGAUUUCAUCUACGAAAUGAGCCAGGACGAUCUGCGGCGGAUCGGGUUGAAGAUCGGCGUCGAGCUUCGCAUGUGGAAGGCCAUCCGGUCGUACCGGCUUCAGCAUCCACCUACUGUACCAUUCUGGGCCUCGCCAACGGAACUCUCACCAGAACAAGAACACCGGCACCUAGCAGACCCAUCCCAGUCCCAGUCCUCGUCAUCGCUGGCCACGGUGCUGCUGGUCAACGGAUCGGACGAUCGAACGCCCGAUGACUCCAAAGACCAUCGACAACAGAAGAAACCAUCCAGCAUGUCCGCCUCAACGAACAGCUACGAUUCCAACCUUUCGGCAGCGACGACGACUUCCGGUUCCUCGGAUUAUGGUUCCUGCCAGGGAGGGUCUUGAAAUCGGAAGAAACUAAACCAAUCGAAAAAAGCAAUCAGUAGUAGGACUACUAAACGUGAAGUCUCUCAGCUUCCCUCUCUCCAUAAGAGGAGGAAGAUUCGGUAAUCGGUAUAGUAAUUGGUUAGGCUCAAAAAAAGUUAUGAACUUGAACAUAUGCACAAGAAAAAAUCUGUCGUAAUCAUGUUAACGUCAAUGUCGAAAUUGUUAUGAACAAUUUUCUGCUGGGAUUUCCUACGGAAAAUUGUCACAUGUGCUGUUGCAAUCAAUAAGAAUCAGGAAACCGAUAAGCUCUACUGUUAAAUUUGUGAUUACUUAUGUAUGUACGUUUUUUAUGUUAUUUUCUCUAUCUAUACAUUCUCUUUUUUUGUAUGUCCAUUUUGCGACAAUCUCACAAAUAUGUAAUGUCAAUCCAUUGGAUUCAUGGAUGAAAAAAAAAAACAAAUAUUUUUGCCAUUCUUAGCGCUUGGAGAAGCUGUGUAAGUUGCUUGUCGUUGCUAAACGCCUUAAAUUUGUAAGCAAUUAAAAGCCUCUUCUUUAUAUUCAAAUGAGUGCUGUGUAGAGUUUUAAAGCUUGCAUGAAAACAGAAACUUGUUGAAUGAACACAAAACAAACAAAAAAAACAAAAGUUGUUAAAAUAUAUACUUACUAGGAAUAUGUUACAAAGAAGUUUCCCUAAGUCCGAUAGAAUACCGUUCGAAUGUUUGAAAUUAUCAAUCUUAUCAAGCAUUACCAGUUUUAUAUUGGUCAAAAUAAAUAAUUUUCUAUGAAGGAUUGCUUUGCUCAAUCAUGUACUUUUGAGCUAUCUGAUCUUAGAUUCUGAUUCCUUACAUUACUCUUUUUUUCAGAAAUAAAGUAGAUAGGUAUUAAAUCACAUAAAUAUUUUAUAAAGGUCUUAAAUAACGAUUUGAUUCAACUCUAAAUUACUCGAACGGCAUUCAAUCGCACUCGGGAAACUAAACAAAAUUGUAGGGGCAAUCUAAAAAAACACCAAUUAAUCCUUAGACGUUGCCAUACUAUUUACAUAGCUUGCAAAGUGUAGUAGCAAGGGAUUAUAAAUUCAUAUUUGAAAACAGAAGCAACAAAAACAGCAAGUUUUACUGGAGAACAGCUAAUAAAAUAU